AUGGCAAUCUUUAGAAAGGCUGAUCUAAGCUCAGCAAUUUUUUAUGCAGUCGCACCAUCAAAAUCUGUUCCCAAUAACCUUCUGCAUUACACGGUCCAUCCAAAAUUGAGCCAGUACUAUGAGCCUUUGAAGCCCACCGCACUGCAGAAACGCGUGGCUCGAAACAGGAAGAUGUUAAGCUUCAUGCUCAAGGUCACAGAAUAUGAUGAGGAUAAGACCUCACUUAUAAUGACCAACAAUCCACUUCCCUGUCCAAUGGAGCAACAAGGAAAGGACAACACACCAAAAUACUUUUCCAAGGAGUUACUGCUCAAGGUAAUGGAAAGUUAUCACCUCAAACCCACUGAGAACUUCGGCCUAUCCCUGUUGUCUCAGAAAAAAAGGUUAAGACCUGAGCUGAAACCAGUCUUCCCUGUGACACUGUUGAAGGACCCUACAUCCAAGCAAAAACAAUGGUUUAGGUUUUCCACCAACAAUGAUUUCAAGAGUGAAGGGACGUAUUCAAUGGUCUGCACUUUGAGGAAACAGAAAAAUAUGUACCCUCAGCUCACCUUUGCUCAAGUCUAUAAAAGAGAUAUGACGAAAGAAAUCUCCAAGAAGUCAGACAGUGACAAGCCGACUGGGGAGAUGAACUGGGAGCCACUAACCCUGCCGUCGCUGCAGGAACAGAAGCCCACCAGGACCGCGCCCGGGGAGAGCGCCUUCCGCAAUGGGAGGGCCCAGCAGUGGUUUACAAAAAGUACCGCCGUCGUUAAGUAA